GAGAAAACAUCUGGCCCUGUCAUGUAAUUACACACCGAGGACAGCUUUCCUUUUAUGCUCCCGUCACUCUGCUGCUUUAAAACCUGUGGCUGAGGAGAUGGAAUUAAACUCUAAUGACUGUAUGCCUCUGGGGAAACAAAAAAACUCUCAUCAGGUGUGAUUAGAAUCAAUGUAAGAAAACUUUACUGUCCUUCGCAAUCUGACAAUCUGUUUCAGGCAUUCAACAUUAGUCUUACAUUUUUUUCUGUUUUGAGCCUCUAUCAAACAUCUCUGCUUUUAUUGCCUUCUAGGCUGGAUACAGUCCAUGCAUAUUUUGAACCAGUGCCUGAUCAAAAUGCAAAUACAGUCUGCAAGUGCUGUUCAUUAUGGCUCAUGUGUUUCGUGCAAGUCUAUCGUUCAAGUCUAUCGUUCAGACAUGAUUUUAAGUCAAUGAGUAGCAGCCACUAGCUUGAUAACACUAAAUUUUCUUCUUUUCCCAUUGUAUGGCAGCCUAAGAGGAUCUAGAUUUUUUUUUUUACACAAAAUAUCUUUUUAUAUACCACAGUUAUUGUCAAUACCAGUUAUCAGCCACAGCCCUACUGUCUGAAGACAGACAAGAUAUGCAAAAACUGUGCUAUGUUGCUUCCAUGUUUGUGUUCAAUUAUUGAAAUAGAUCUCACAUUAGCAUGAGUCCAUCACACUCUGAAACCAAUCUACAGGAAUUUGCUCUGCAUUGACUAACAGGAGUCUAUACAGUGUUCCCCACUGAUCAAAAACAUCUCAAAUCAGCAUGUGAGAGUGGGCACAGAGCUGUUUUAUCAAGUAUUCAUAAAAGUCAAACAAUAAGCUAUGUAGUGUGCUGGCUGACACAGAUCUCACACAAUCACCUGAUGCUAUGGUGCUGUGCUUUUAUUUUGAAAAUAUUGACCGGACGCAUAUUCUUGGUGCCCCAAGUCUGGUCUAUAAAAAAGAUGAUAUUCGCCAAAUCCAGCCAUAAUCAGUCGGGCACAGUGAGAGGCGUCAUGUCGUGCUGUGAGUGCAGACAGCGGGAGGACGCAGCGCGGGGGAGCAUCCUCUACAGCAUCCUCAACAGAGGCGCGCAGUGCCCGCGGGGACACCUGGAAACGGCCACCGCGCAACAGCUUUGCUCGUGCGCGUACAAGAGGAAACUGGUGCUGAUUCGGGCUCCGGGAUUAGUUUUCAAGGCGGCCUCGGAGGUGCUGGUGAAAACUUUCAGAUUCGUGAAAAAUGUCCCGUGUUUUCGUGGUUUGCCGACGGAGGACCAGCUCCGGCUUGUGCGCAACAGCUGGGCGCCGCUGCUGGUUCUGGGCAUGGUGCAGGACGCCGUGGACUUCGACACGGUGGAGACGCAGCAGCCCAGUCUGCUACACAGCAUUUUAACGCACAGCAAAGAGCGACAGCAGCGCACUCCGGCUGAGACUCAGGACCCAGGGGUGCCUGUCGGUGAUGCAGAGGGGAUCAAAAUGUUUCUGGUCAGGUGCAGAGGACUGAGGAUCAGCGUCAAGGAAUACGCGUUUCUGAAGGGAGCGAUACUCUUCACUCCAGAAGUGAUGGACUUGGAGUGUCGGGAUUACAUCCAGGCGCUCCACAGAGAGGCUGAGCGCGCACUUUACGAGCACGUGAGGACGGACCACAGGGGGAAUAAGACGGGCCGCUUCGGCAGACUGCGCUCCGUCCUCAACACGCUGCGGUGCCUGGACCCGGAGGCGGUGGCCGGACUCUUCUUCAGACCCGUGACUGGCACGGGCAGCGUAGAAGAACACGUGCUCGCGAUGUUCUAUGAGCGGUAGAAGCCAAAAUAAAGGAAGACGACUGGGACUGAAUAGGGACAAUCAUUUCAUGUAAUCAUGCGGGCCUGUUUAUGCUAACGUCUGUCUUUACCGUCAGAUUCAAGUGGUCGGAGCUCACCUACACAUGAUGGGAUCUGCUGGAGUCAAACUGCUGCACAUCAGGACUGUUUUUUGUCAGGACUCUCUCCAGCCAUGAUGGCCA